GGUAUUUAAAAUUUUUUUACAAAAUUAAAUAUUCAUUAUAUUUUUAUCGUUUAUUAAAAAAACGAAAAAAGGAAAAAUAAAAUAAUUUACAUCAUAUAACAAUAAUUAAAUAAUUAUAAUAUAUUUAUAUAUGUUAUGCCCUUCGGUGAUCAAACGGCUGUGUAAUAUUGCUGUGGAAAAGGAAUACUUAUAUUAAAUAUCGGAUAUAGUAACAAAGAUUUUAAAUUAUUUUGAAACAAUUUAUUUUCAAUUAAAUAUACAUAAAUUAUUUCAUAAUAUUGAAUCAAAAGGUCGUAUUUAAUAAAGUGUAAUAGUUGAUUGAAAUUGGUUUAUUUGAUUAAAUUAAAUGGAUAUAUAAAAUGGCCGGUUGUUUAACAGAUUUUCAUAAAAAUUAUUGUAUGCAAAAAGAAAACAAGGCAGAUAGCGAAAUAGAUUUCGAUGAACUUGAAGAUGAAGCUAAUGAAAAUGAUGAUUCGGAGAUAAAUCAUGAUCACUCGGAAUAUUUUGAAUUUCCGAAUAGUUCAACUUGUUGGAUAUGCAAUGGAUAUUAUGGACCAAAUUUUGAUGAGCCUUUAUGUGGAACAUGUCAUGCAUUUUUAUAUCCAAUUGAAAGUCCAAAUGAAGAAAAUCGUGAACUUGUAACUGAGAUAUCUGAUGAUGAAGAUUCUGGAAAUGAUGAACCCCCGUUUACAGUAACCGAAAAAGACGGAAAACAAGAAAGAGACGUUGACGACGAUGAGAUUGUUGCACCUGCUCGAAAUAUUGAUGUGGUAAGGUUGGGUAUUCGUCGGCAAGAGUUGCCUAAACAAAACGAAGAUAUCGAUACAAAUGAGGAUAAUAAUAAUAUUAAUUUUGAUGACGAACAUUUGCCUCUUAUAAAACCUGUGCAACUAAUAGAACCUCCGUUGCAACUUUCACAAUAUGUAAACAUGUUGUCAGAGCAAAAUUUUGUAGGUCGAUCUGGAAAGGAUAUUUCAGCUUUGCCUGUAGAGGUUUUAAUAUCAAUAUUUUCUUAUUUAGACGAUAUAUCUUUGUGGAAUGCUAGUGAAGUAUGCAAACAAUGGAAAAAAAUAUUAGAAGUAAACACAUCACAAUCAAUGUGGAGGAAAUUCUUAAAACAGCGUUGGCCAUUGUAUAGAAAUUUAAUUGAAGUUCAAAAUUGGUUUAAGAUGUAUUCAGCCUUGAUGUCUUCAUGUUUCUGCAAAACCUGUCUAUAUCAAAUUGCAUUUAAUUCACAUCAACAAAUAGGAAAUAAUGCCAUCAGAAUGAAUCGUCUUAGAUUUGAGUUUCGGUCGCUUAAUAUGGUACAAUCAGAAGGAAUUGAAGCCUUACCUUUGGACCGUCAAAAUUCACACUGGCAAGCAAGCAUUUUGGGACCUACAGGUAGUCCUUAUGAAGGUGGAAAAUUUUUCCUGAAAGUAUUCUUUCCUGACACAUAUCCAAUGCUUCCCCCAAAAAUUAGAUUUUUAACAAAAAUUUUGCAUCCCAAUGUGUCAAGGCACGGUGAUGUCGGUAUUGAUAUUAUUCAACACAAUUGGUCAAUUGCCCUUACCGUAGCUAAAGUACUAUUAUCCUUACAAAGUUUAUUGACAGAUCCAUUUACUGAGGUUUGUAUGGAACCAGAAAUUGGUUAUAUUUAUGAGACAGAUCGAAAAAAAUUCGAAAAUUUGGCGAGAUCGUGGACAUGGAAGUAUGCAAUGUAUGAAAUGAUACCACCCGAAUGAAAAAGCUUCGUUAAAAUCUAUAGGCAUAGACUGAUUAGCUUUUAAAAUAAAAAAAGGAAAAUUAAAAUUGCCACGUUAAAAGCUGCAAAAAAAAGAAAAAAAUAAUGGAAACUCCAAGUGCCAUUUUCUGAAAUCUUACACACUAGCUUUAGUUUUUUAAUUUUCAAUUUAACUUUACGUAAACUGUUAUAGCUGUAUUGUUUUAUUUUUCCAAUAUUCACAAUGAUUGUUUUAUAUAAUGUUUUUGAUUUUGUCAUUUUUUCUAUAAGUUAAUCAAGAAAUAAAAAAUAAAUACAAAUCA